AUGGAUAUGUAUAACGGGCGUGAUAUUCCGUCUGCGGAUGGCGACGGCGUCAAGACACCUAAACACGUUCGACAGCCGAGCGUUAUGCGUUCCCCGGGCAGUAGCGGUGUACAUACGGGUGGACGCAGCGACUCUAUGCCGGUGCAAUUGAGCAGCAAUGCGGAUUCCAAGGUCGGCGAUGUCUACGGGGUUACGCCGCAGAGGCAGGAAGAAAGCCAGAGCACGGCACUUGUGUUCGUCAACGUCCAUGACAAGCGAGAGCUCUUCGUAGUGCCGGCUGACUACCCGUACAAACACAAUUCGGGGGUGGAAGACGACUCCGUCGCCGACAUGGUCUACCCCUUGCUGCCGAAGUUGGUGAGGACGCCGCGCAGGACGCUAGUCCCCUACUGCGGACUGAGCGACGAGCAGGGCAAAGCGAGCACCAUAUCGCGGCUAGACGAGCAGCUUGCGCAGACAGUGAAAAGGGUACUCGAUGGCCAGGACAGGGACCUGCUCGUCUCCGCACCAGAAAAGGACUCGAUAUUCUCACAGGUGAGCUUCACACUGCCAAAAUCGACAUCUCCGCAGGAACACGUCAAACGCCGCAGGCACAACCUGUUCUCCAAGCAGUGGAAGCGCAACGCCAUUAACGAUUGCCUCUAUAGAUUUUACGCCUCUAGGUUCAAGGGGCGUGAGGAUGCCACCCUGAAAGAGAACGCCAGUGCCAGCGCCGAGGGAAACGAAGCCGCCCAACGGCUUCUCCAGGGCACGCGAUCACAGAAGAGACAGGUUACAGCCGAGCCCAAAGACGCCAUGGUUCGGAACUGGAUCAAGUCGGGCCCGGUUUACUGCAAGGCACUAAGUGACGUACUCGGCGCCUACCACGAAUUCCUCUACGAGAGUCAAGAGGGCAACAACGUACUCAAGAGGAAGGUGGCGGCCACAUCGCGGUACUUCUUCGAGAUACUCGCCGAAUCCAAGGACUGCGAACGGAAAAUGCGCGAGCGCGAACUCGUCACGGAAGAACGCCUCUACGGCAGGAAGGACUUCAUUGCGGAAAUCGAACGUGAAAACCAGAACAACAGGAACAGGUGCAAAAAGAUGUACGCGCUGUACCUCCAGUGCCAAAAAAGGUGCGAAGAGCUGACGAGGCAUAUUCGUGACCAGGUCGCCCAGCAGACUGCCGGCGAUCUGGGCACCAGCUCCGAAGCGCUGCAGCCCAAUGAAGUCCAGCCAGAGGGACGUUCAACAGCCUCGCACGAUGUCACUGACGAUACGGCAGUGAACGCCGCCAACAUGACUCAGCAACAGUACGACAUAGAGGACUGCAAAACGACGGCCCCAGCCUCUGGACCUGCGACCGGAGAGGGUGAUAGGGACCAGGAGCAGGAAAGCCAGCCAGAGGAACGCAUGACGCAGAUGGAAGCCAACGCCAACUGUGAGGUUGAUCUGUCGUCACAAGAGGGGCAGACCCAACAGGCAGUGGGCACGCAGGGCGGGAAUGACGGCGCGGCCUCUGCCGGCACCGCGCCGCCAUCCAGGCAAGACUUCUCCUGCGACACACCUCCGAGGGAAAAGACGGUAACCAGCGCUCAAAUCGCAUCGUCGAGUGCAUGGGAUGUGGCAACCAGCGCGCAAAACCGCUCGAUCCAAGUUGUCUCCUCGUGCAUACCAUCGGCACGGGCCCGACAGAGGGAAGAAAUCCUCACGCCUACGCGGAGACUCAGUGAGAGGUCCAUCACAGACUCGAUCGACAAUGCCAGGCAACAACCCUCGUCAGGCAUUGCAUUGGGGUCCCUACAGGGUGCACCCUUCACUCCCUCGUUCCAAUGCAACUCCAACAGCACCAGGGAUCAUUACACGCCUUUCGCGAACAGAUUGAGCUCUGUGGGCCACGUUAACAAAAGGAUAUAUAGUAAAAUGGAGGAAAGAGGCGAGCUUGAGGGCUAUCGAGCGCUGCUUAACGAGCUGAAUUCGCUGCUCUUCGAUGACGGCGGCAGCGUGCUCGGCUUCAGCACGCUGCCGCCAUCACUCAACUGGCUCGACGAAACCGACAACUGCCGACAUACGGUGCCUCCAAGCCAGGAUAAUUUCAGGGACGGCACGCUGUACACUACCUGCUCGUACGCUGAAAUAAAGCUCAUGAAGGUCCUGCAGGGCGGGAUCUGUGCACUAAGGUCAAAGAACCGCAGCAAGGACAUGGAUGCGGCGAUAUUGCAGCAGAUCAUCGAUGCAAACAACGAACUGUGUGAACUGAAAAGGAAGCUGGAUAACGGCAGGUGCGCCCUGUACAAGAAACUGAAGCGCGACUGGGCCGAACGUAAUUCGAAGUGGGCUGGAUUCCCUCCACUGAAGAGAGGUUACAGGCUGCUGAACAUGCUGGGAAAGGGCGGGUUCGCCGAGGUCUGGGAGGUGCUGGACCCCAUCACCCUCACCGUUCAGGCGGCCAAGCUACACAUACUCUCCGUCGACAUGAACCCUAUCGAGCGCGGGAAUGUCGUCAUGAGGGUCAAGAACGAGAUAGACAUACACAAAACGUGCCGAUCGCACAAAAACAUCGUCAAUAUGAAGGCAUGCUUCGAGAUGGGCGACAACAUGCUCGCCACGAUCCUCGAGCUUUGCGACGACGGCGACCUCGACCACUACAUCAAGCUGCACGCGCCGGUGCCGGAGAAGCUCGCGAUCACCUGGACCUACCAGAUCCUGGAGGGGCUGCACUACAUGAAGACGCUGCCCGAGGGGCGGGUGCACCACUGCGAUCUCAAGCCAGGCAACAUCCUCAAGCACCGGGGUGACGUUAAAUUAGCUGAUUUCGGCCUCUCAAAGAUGGUGCCGCACGAGUCCACCAGGGAACUCUGGGGCGGCGGUGGCACAAUCUUCUACCAGCCGCCCGAGUGCCUGCUCGCCAACUUCAGGAACAAACAGAUCGUGCUCACCGACAAAAUCGACAUCUGGGCGGUCGGCUGCAUUCUCUACGAGAUGCUGUACAACGCGCGCCCGUUCGGUUUCAUCGGCGGCAGGAGGUCACUUUCGGGUACGCAACAGUACAUGCAACAGCCCUUAUACUGCAUUACAGAGAGGAUGUACCAGGCCAUACUAAGUGGCGUCAAGUUCCCGCCGAACGACCGGGUGUCGGAGGACUGCAGGGAUCUAAUUUCAAGAUUCCUCGCUUUCGAACCCAACAUGCGGCCCUCCAUAGAGGAGGCCAUGAGUGCUUCCGUAUUCCACACUGAGCUCGCCGGGUUCAUGUGA